GAUAAUAACGAGAACGUAAACGCGCUUACAUGUGAAUAUGAGGAGAAGAAGACCGUGAUGUUAAAUUAACUUCAACUUUUAUUAAACUCACUGUUUAUAACUUAUAGAUAAUAACUUGUAUCGGCACAUUUAGCAUCGUUAGCUCCUCAGGAGGCUAACAGCUAACGGUCCGAAGCAGCUGUAUGAGUCAAAACUUUGAUGCUAACAUGAACACAGACGGAGCUAACUGUGUUUAAUUCAUCUAUAAACGCGAGUUAGAUUUAAUUAUCACGCUGUAAAGAGUGAAUAUCACCGCUGUGAACUCACUGUGAGUUUAAGUUAAGUCUGAGACUUUUCACCUGUCGCUGGUUUGUGUCAGUUGGGCUGAGCGAGCUAAGCUAACUGAGUGCUAGCAGGCUAACCUGUGUUUGAUGGAGGAGGAGGAGGAGGAUUCAGUAGAUCCUCAAGAUGUUGAACGGGCCAAAACCUUCUGGGCCGGCAAGGACAUGGAUCAGGUCUUUACUGAUGUCUUUGACUACCUGGAUCACCUGAAGAGAGUCCUGCAGAAGAACACGGCCACAGAUAAAGAAUACGUUCAGGGCCUGAAGCUGCUCGAGGUUCUGGACUUCUCUCGUCCGGUCUCGGCUCAGGACUCUUCUGUGGUUCAGGUGGUCAUCGGCUCAGGUGAGGUGCUGCCAGCUGACUUCUCCCCCCACAGCUCCUCCCCCUCCUCCCCCCUGCCUCCCCCUAAUGGGCCCCCUGCAGGCCGGGAGGAGCUGCUGCCUCCCCUGACGCCCGUCCAGCUGCAGUACACACUGCACACCUGUUGCCAGGCCUGUCUGUCUGGUGUACCCAGCAUGCCUCAGUCCACGCCUCUGUUCUGGGGUCAGAACCCUCUGAAGGUGCCGCUGCUCUGCGGUUUUAAGCGGCUGACAGCGGUGCCGCUGAUGUCAUCAGGAGGGGGCAAGGCCUCUGAUGGGGAGGGGCUGGAGGACAUGGGGGAGUGGGACGUACUCUACAAAGCGCCGUGUGGACGGAGCCUCCGUAACUAUGACGACGUGAUGCGUUUUCUGUUGGCCACAGAUAGCUACGACCUCCUGCAGGUGGACUUCUUCACCUUUAACCCGUCUGUGCGGCUUGACAUCCCCCCCAUGGUGGGCCCCCGGAAACCAGAGCAGGACCUGAGUCGUGGCGUGGAGCCCACGCCGGUGGAACUUUGCAUUGGAGACGGUGGCGCCCGGCCGCCCGACUUCCGCUACAGGAAGGAGCGCUGGCCACACGGCUGCUUCCUGAGUCGUGGCCCGACGCUGUUCAACGUCUGCUGCGACUGCCCCGACGGCUGCAGUGAUGCACAACGCUGCGCCUGUGUUGCCAUGACCAGAGGAGGGCGCCACUACAGCCAUUACAGGCUGGACGAGCCCGUACCGUCAGGGGUGUAUGAAUGUGGUCCGUGGUGCGGUUGUGACCGGGCUCGCUGUCAGAACCGGCUGGUCCAGAGAGGGAUCAGAGUCCGCCUCCAGGUCUUUCAGACUGACGACCGCGGCUGGGGUGUGCGUUGCCGUGACGACCUGGACUGCGGCACAUUCGUUUGCAUAUACGCAGGUGUGAUCCUGCGGCGGGCCCGGAGUCCCACCAAGCCUCCCUCCCCCAAGCUGCCGAGGGCGGAGCUCCCCUCAGACGACGAGGUGGAGGUCGUCACCGAGUGGCUCGCCCUGCCCAUGGUGGAGGGGCGGAGCAACCGACUGGAACCCACGUCGCCCCCCCUCCAUGUCCCCGUGAUCCAGAGACCGGCUGAAUCCAACGUCACGACCUGCACGGCACAGGACAGGGAGCAGACGGUGUUGGUUGGAGGUCCAGCACCUCCGUCGCCCUCAGCUGGCGGGUCAGGUGACCAGUCUCCAGCUCAGGCGGUGACUGUGGCCAUGACAACAACCAAUCCUGAGGCGGCGGUGGUCCAUGGCAUUAAUGGUACCGAGACAAAGAGCCAGAAGAGUUUAAAGCGAGCGAUGAAGGUGGAGGACGUGAACUUCCUGGACGCCAGCAAAGAGGGAAAUGUGGGCCGCUUCAUUAACCACAGCUGCCAGCCAAACCUGUUCAUCCAGAACGUCUUCACCGACUCCCACGACCCCGCCUUCCCUGUCAUCGCCUUCUUCACCAACAGGGUCGUGAAGGCCGGCACAGAGCUCACCUGGAAUUACUCUGCCGACGCGCGGGGCAAACAGGAAGUGACCUGUCUCUGCGGCAGCAGCGGCUGCCAGGGACAGUUCAGCGUUGAGAAGAACCUGUGUGACGCGUGCGAGGUGGACGGUGAAACACGGUGACACAUCAGCAGGUUCACACACUCACACUGAACAUGAAACCACAGAAAUAACUAUUUUUGAUACUGAUGUAAUAAAAAGGUUUGAAAACUUCUGUACAUGUUAUUGUUUUAUGAAUAAAUGAGCUUAAUCUGACAAA